UAUUGAGUAUAUAGUAUACAUAUGUAAGUGUACAAUAUUUAUAUGUAUAUUUGAUUGGCAAUAGUUUGAAUUAUGAUGAUGAAAUAUAUUAUACACGAUAAGAAUCAUCGAUAAUCUAAGAACACAUGCUACAUAGAAAUAUAUUAAUUCGUUCAAAUCCCGCGUUUCAUUCAUAUUAAACUCUGCCGACAUUGGGGAAACAUAACAAAAUUAGUUGAGAACGUAACGGUCUACACACUGCACGAUACGUGUUUUAUAGGUUAAAAUUAUCUGAUUGUUUUAAAACUAAAAAAUAUAACUAAACAUGGCAAAAGUAGUUGCACAAAUGGCAAAAUAUACCGCGAGAACAUUUUUACGUACUUCGAGAGAAAAUUUAUUUAACUUUCCUACUCCGAAAGUGUCAUUAUAUGUUUCACGUUCCAUCGUUACUACUCGUUGCUUAAAUGCCGAAAGAUUUUAUACGGAAAAACAUGAGUGGAUAACAAUUGAUGGUAACAUAGGCAUAGUUGGAAUAUCCAAUUAUGCACAAGAAGCACUGGGUGAUGUUGUUUAUGCUCAGCUUCCAGAUGUUGGUUCUGAAAUAGAGAAAGAAGUUGAAUGUGGAGCUUUAGAGUCAGUGAAAGCUGCUUCUGAUUUAUAUAGUCCUGUCAGUGGGAAAGUAAUAGCAAAAAAUGAAGAAGUUGAAAAAACACCCAGUUUAAUAAAUACCUCUUGUUACGAAAAAGGAUGGUUAUUCAAAAUAGAAUUAAGUAAAUCUGAUGAUCUAAAAAGUCUAAUGAAUGAGGAAGCGUACAAUGAAUAUUUAAAGUCUGAUCCAUCAUAAACAUAUUAUGUUUCUGACAUGUAUAAAAUUAGUUGAUAAUGAUUUAAUUUUUGUUAUUUUCAAUUGUGUCAUUAGUGAAAAAGAAAUGUGAAUAUUUUUAUUUAUUUUAAACCUUGUAAUAAUCAUGCAUAAUCAAUGAAUAUCAUAUUAUUAGCAAAAUAAGUAUAGUUUAUAAUUGAUUGUUUAAUCAAAUAGGAAGGCAUUGCCUUCAAGAACACAAAUUUAUAAAUUGUGCAAUUAUAAUAAAGUGUUAUAAACUAAUAUAUUGUAUCUUUGCAAACGUAAAACAAUAAAUUGUAAACAUUAUUUUGUAUAUAAUAAAGAUUAGGCAGUAUUUUUAAUGAAAUAAAUGUGGUGUAUUAUGUAAA